UUUAUUUCCUCCCUCAAGAUGUCUACCUCAAACAACAACAACAACGACAACAACAACAGUUUCGACUCGUCAAAGGCCGUGUUCUCGAUAAGCAUGGCGGAGAGCGGGUCGUCGUUGGCCGGGGAGCAGGAGCGGCUGGUGCCGAUCGCGAACGUGGGGCGGAUCAUGAAGCAGAUCUUGCCGCCCAACGCCAAGGUCUCCAAGGAGGCCAAGGAGACGAUGCAGGAAUGCGUGUCGGAGUUCAUCGGCUUCGUCACCGGCGAAGCGUCCGAGAAGUGCCGGAAGGAGAGGCGGAAGACGGUGAACGGGGACGACGUCUGCUGGGCGAUGGCGACGCUCGGCUUCGACGACUACGCGCCGCCGCUGAGGAGGUAUUUGGAGAGGUAUAGAGAGAUUGAAGUUGAUAGGGUCAAUCAGAAUAAGGCUGGUAAUAGUGGAGAAUUUGAUGAUAAUUUGUUGUAUACACAAAAUAAACCACAGAGGGAUUCUGGUUGAGAGCAAAUUUUUGUUUUUAUUUUUUCAAUUGUGAGAAAUGAGGAAUUUUGGAGUUUGAUUUGAUGGUUUUUUAGUUAGGGCCGUUUAUUUUUCAUGAU